CAAGUAGAAGCAUAAAAGUAUUUCUUCAUUUCUUGCAGUUGGAAAUAGUAAUUAUAUUAUUUAUCGUUUAUUUUUUUUAAAAAAUCUGCACACAUGCACGGAACAACAAAAUGCCAGGAAUAUCCCCUAAUUUCUCGUUGCUUACUCAACUCAAAGCCGAUUAAUCUAACAAAAUUUCCCAAAAACAUUUUGCAUUGCACCAAUUUCUUUGCUAUUCCAACUUUUUAUUGCCAUCUUCAGAGUUCACCAACCCAUCUUCCUGCUGCUCAGGCUGCAAAACAAUCUAUGGCAUCGACAGAGAAUGAAGAACCUUCUUUACUGAGGAAUGAUGUAUGGCAAGAUCAAUCUUUUUUCAAGUGGAGAAAGAGAGAUGCACAUGUUCCACUACGCUGUCAUGAUACAAUAGAAGGAUCUCUCAGAUACUGGCUUGAAAGAAGCAAGGCGGAUAUUUCAGCAUCAAACUUGGCCACAUGGGACGACAAUGCUGUAGCUGCUGCUCUGAAAUGCGCUUCUUCUUGGGUCGAAGGCUUGCCUUUUGUGAAGUCUUUAUCUGGUUGCUGGAAAUUUCACUUAGCUUCUGGACCAAGUGGCGUCCCAAAUUUUUUUUACCACAGUGACUUUCAUGACAAUGAUUGGGGAACUAUACCAGUUCCUUCAAAUUGGCAGAUGCAAGGAUAUGAUAAGCCUAUCUAUACAAACACUGAAUAUCCAUUUCUAGUUGAUCCUCCCCAUCUUCCCGCAGAAAAUCCUACAGGUUGCUACAGGACAUACUUUGAAAUUUCUAAUGAAUGGAAAGGUCGAAGAAUAUUGUUGUACUUUGAAUCUGCUGAUUCUGCCUAUCACGUAUGGGUAAAUGGGGUCCCUGUUGGGUACAGUCAGGAUAGUCGGUUGCCUGCUGAGUUUGAAAUUACCGAAUACAUUCAUCCGUCUGGUUCAGGAAAGAAAAAUAUUUUAGCUGUUCAAGUCUUCAAAUGGAGUGAUGGUACGUACCUCGAAGAUCAAGAUCAAUGGUGGUUGUCUGGGAUUCACCGUGAUGUGCUCCUUCUAGCAAAACCUCAGGUUUUUAUUGCAGAUUAUUCCUUCAUUUCAAAUUUGGAUGGAAGUUUCUCCCAUGCAGAUUUAGAGGUAGAGGUUAAAGUUGACAUUCCACAAGGAAUUUCUAAAGACUGCCUCCUUUCUGAUUUUACUCUAGAAGCAGAGGUUUACGAUAAUGAAAUGUGGCAUGGAAAUGAUGGAUCGGCUGAUCUCCUUGCAUCUGUAGCGACACAAAUGGAACUUGUACCACCUGCAAGUUUCAGGUUCAACGGCUAUCAUUUUAAAGGAAAGAUAGAUAGGCCUAGGCUUUGGUCUGCUGAGCAGCCAAAUUUGUACACACUAGUUGUCAUCUUGAAAGAUGCAGAUGGAAAUGUGCUUGACUGUGAAUCAUGCCAAGUAGGUAUCAGGCAAAUAACAACUGCUUACAAACAGCUACUGGUUAAUGGACAGCCUGUUGUGAUUAGAGGAGUAAACAGGCAUGAGUUCCACCCAUGUCUUGGAAAGACAAAUCUGGAGCAUUGCAUGGUUAAGGACUUGGUAUUGAUGAAGCAGUAUAAUAUUAAUGCCGUAAGGAACAGCCACUACCCCAACCAUUCUCGAUGGUAUGAGUUGUGUGAUCUAUUUGGCAUGUACAUGAUAGAUGAAGCAAACAUUGAGACACAUGGUUUUGAUCACUCUGGUCCUUUUAAACACCCUACAAUGGAACCUACCUGGGCUGCUGCCAUGCUUGAUCGUGUUAUAGGCAUGGUUGAAAGGGACAAAAACCAUGCUUGCAUCAUUUCUUGGUCCUUGGGCAAUGAGGCUGGAUAUGGACCAAAUCAUUCUGCUAUGGCUGGUUGGAUAAGAGGAAGAGAUCCUUCUAGGGUGAUACAUUAUGAGGGAGGUGGAUCCAGAACCUCAUCUACAGAUAUUGUGUGUCCCAUGUACAUGCGUGUGUGGGACAUUGUAAAGAUAGCCAAUGAUCCAAAUGAAGCAAGGCCUCUCAUAUUAUGCGAGUAUUCUCAUGCAAUGGGAAACAGCAAUGGAAAUAUAGAUGAGUAUUGGGAAGCUAUUGAUAACACUUUUGGACUUCAGGGAGGUUUCAUAUGGGAGUGGGUUGAUCAGGGACUAUUGAAGGAAGGUGCAGAUGGUAAGAAGCACUGGGCCUACGGUGGUGAUUUUGGUGAUACUCCCAAUGAUCUGAACUUCUGUCUCAAUGGACUUGUAUGGCCUGAUAGAACUCCUCAUCCAGCACUGCAUGAAGUGAAAUACGUUUAUCAGCCAAUCAAGAUUUCGCUCAAGGAAGGACUGCUCAAGAUAACAAACACCCAUUUCUAUGAAACUACACAAGGAUUGGAUUUCCACUGGGUUGUUCUUGGGGAUGGAUCUGAACUAGAAUCUGGAGUGUUAUCUCUGCCACAGAUUGAGCCCCAAAAGAGCCUUUCUAUGGAAUGGGUAUCUGGUCCAUGGUACUCGGCCUGGACUUCGUGUACUUCUGAGGAAAUUUUCUUGACCAUAAAUGUGAAGCGUCUUCACUCCACUCGCUGGGUGGAUGCUGGUCAUGUAAAUUCAUCGACGCAAGUGCCAUUGCCUCCCAAGAGAAAGUCUGCUCCUCAUGAUAUCAAACCUAAAGAUCAUGUCCUCCGAACUGAGAAUCACGGAGACUUGAUCAAGAUUUUCCAACAUGAUGUCAGUGAGAUUACGUUCAACACUCGAACAGGAUUGAUCGAGAGCUGGAAGGUUCAAGGAGUUCCUGUGAUGAACAGAGGCAUAGUUCCUUGCUUCUGGAGAGCUCCUACAGAUAAUGACAAAGGGGGCGGUGCUGACAGUUACUUAUCCAAGUGGAAAGCUGCCCUGCUCGAUGACAUAGUUUUCCUCACCAAUAGCUGUUCGGUUCAGAUUAAAACAAAUUUUGUUGAAAUAGCUGCAGUCUUUCUUGGAAUCCCGAAAUCAAAAAGCAAUUCUGAACCAAAAGAAUCAGAUAUCACUUUUACAGUGAAUAUAACUUACAUAAUCUAUGGUUCUGGUGACAUAAUCAUGGAGACUAGUGUCAAACCUCGGUCUGAUAUUCCGCCUUUGCCUCGGGUUGGAGUUGAAUUCCAUAUAGACAAAGAAGUGGACAGAGUAAACUGGUAUGGAAAGGGGCCUUUUGAGUGUUACCCUGAUAGAAAAGCAGCUGCCCAGGUAGCAAUUCAUGAAAAAACUGUUCCUGAGAUGCAUGUUCCUUACAUAGUUCCUGGAGAAUGUGGUGGGAGGGCGGAGGUUAGAUGGUUGACUAUGCAAAAUAAAGAUGGUGUUGGAAUGUAUGCUUCCGUAUAUGAUAAUUCCCCAACAAUGCAAAUGAGCGCCAGCUACUACACAACAACUGAGCUUGACCGGGCUACUCAUAAUGAAAAUCUCGUUGAAGGAGAGGACAUUGAGGUUCAUCUUGACCACAAGCAUAUGGGUUUAGGAGGAGACGAUAGCUGGACCCCAUGUGUCCAUGAUAAGUAUUUGAUCCAACCUGUACCUUAUUCAUUUUCGAUCAGGCUAUGUCCAGUCACGGCUGCAAGUUCAGGCAAUCUUAUCUACAAAGCUCAGCAACAAAUCUGAUAGCAAGAGUAUGGCUCGAACUCCUCUGAAAUGUUCGAGACUGACAUAACACUUAGCCUUGAAAUAAUCGUACGAGUUAGUUGUCUGAUUUUAUCAAAUUGGCACUUGGUUUUAAAUUUUCUGGACCAGCCGAGUUCAUCUCACUCAGAAGUUAUUUUUUUUUGUCAAGUCGUGCAAAGUGAUUUCAAUUUCUUGACACGCAUAAAGAGGCUAUACUGAUGUAGUCGUUUCGUAAUGUUUAAUACAUUUUUAGCUUCAUUUCAUUCUCAUAUAAUAAAAGGAAAAAAAUAAGUUAUUUCCUCUCAA